AUGAAGCGCCUGCUAUUGCUUGUUGUCCUAUGCAGCCUUGCUCUAUCAAGGAGUGAAUCAAAAGUCGUGCCGUAUGAUUAUUCUGCAACCAUAGAGUGUCUAGAGAUCCCUUUAAAACCACAGUACAAUGGAGGAAUCAUCGUAAACCCUGACCUACGAGAUGGUUCUCUAGGCUGGACAUCGUUCGGAAACGCAAAAGUAGACUUCAGAGAGAUUGGAAACCAUAAUUUUGUUGUUGCACGAGACAGGAGACAACCUUAUGACAGUGUCUCACAAAAGGUUUAUUUGGAAAAAGGACUUCACUACACUUUCUCUGCUUGGUUACAAGUAAGCAAAGGAAAGGCUCCUGUGAAAGCUAUUUUCAAGAAGAACGGUGAAUAUAAGCAUGCUGGUUCAGUUGUUGCUGAAUCCAAGUGCUGGUCCAUGCUCAAGGGUGGUCUCACUGUUGAUGAAUCUGGACCUGCCGAACUCUACUUUGAGAGCGAGGAUACAACGGUUGAGAUUUGGGUUGAUAGCGUCUCAUUGCAACCAUUUACACAAGAAGAGUGGAACUCUCACCACGAGCAGAGCAUUCAGAAGGAGAGAAAAAAAACCGUGAGAAUCAGAGCCGUGAACAGCAAAGGCGAGCCAAUACCAGAAGCAACCAUUUCCAUAGAACAGAAUAAACUCGGAUUCCCAUUCGGGUGUGAGGUGGAAAAGAACAUACUUGAGAACAAAGCAUACCAAGACUGGUUCACUCAAAGGUUCACAGUGACAACUUUCGCAAACGAGAUGAAAUGGUACAGCACCGAAAAUAUAAGAGGCAAAGAGGAUUACACUACCGCUGACGCAAUGCUCAGUUUCUUCAAGGAGAAUGGGGUCGCCGUACGUGGCCACAAUAUAGUAUGGAACGACCCUAAGUAUCAACUUCAAUGGCUGGAUUCUCUCUCUGGUCAUGAAUUCUACGAAGCUGUGAAACAAAGGAUCAUCUCUGUGGUGUCUCGAUACAAAGGCCAGGUUAUGAGUUGGGACGUUGUGAAUGAGAAUCUUCAUUGGUCCUUCUUUGAGAACAGGAUGGGUCCUAAAGCUUCUCAUAACAUCUAUGCGAUGGUGCAAGCGUUGGAUCCAACUAGCACCAAGUUUAUGAAUGAAUAUAAUACGUUAGAGGAACCAAGGGAUUCAGAUUCUAGCCCAGCAAGGUAUUUGGAGAAGCUUAGGGAGCUUAAAUCUAUCCGAGUUCGCGGUAACAUAUCCCUAGGGAUCGGACUUGAAUCUCAUUUCAAGACUCCUAACAUUCCCUAUAUGAGAUCAGCUCUUGACACUCUUGGUUCCACUGGUUUGCCUAUAUGGCUUACUGAGGUCGACGUAGAAGCUCCUCCAGAUGUCCAGGCCACGUAUUUUGAGCAAGUCCUAAGGGAAGCCCACGCACAUCCGGAAGUGAGGGGAAUAGUGACGUGGGCAGGUUAUUCUCCAUCAGGUUGCUACAGAAUGUGCCUCACCGAUGGAAACUUCAAGAACCUAGCCACCGGAGACGUCGUGGACAAACUAUUGCAUGAAUGGGGAGGCUUCCGCAGACAAACCACAGGUGUCAGUGAUGCUGAUGGAUUCUUUGAAGCUUCACUCUUCCACGGUGACUAUGAUAUCAAGAUUGCUCAUCCACUCACCAAUUCAGAAGUGUCUCACAGCUUUAAGCUGACUUCUGAUGUCUCCUCCUCACACACUCAACCAUCCUCUUUUACCAUUCGUGUUUAAGAAGCAAAGUAUAAAACUACCUUAGUAGUUUGAUUUUUAGUCAAGAAUAUGGUCUGUUUUGUCGUUAUUAGUCUAGAUAUGGUAUAGCCGUGUGGGCGGAAACCCCCAAGGACUACUAAUCAUGACUCAUGAGCAUCGUUGGGUUGGGUUCUUCUUAAAGUCUAAUAAGCCCCUGUAUUGU